UCGUACUAUCAACAACUCCCAGAAUGCAGUCUUCAGGCUUGUGUGUGGUGGUAGUGUUGGCUGUGGUUGCAGCGGUGGUGGUGGCUGACCCAAGCUACCCUCAACCAGCUCCCUGUUACCCCAAGACCCAGUACGUCACCAAGUACCAGACACAGGUCCAACAGGUGCCAGUGUAUAAAACAGUCUACAAAACACAAGUCGUCCCCACCACCUUCUAUCAGACCCAGUACCACACCCAGUACCAGACGAAGUACCAAACCCAGUACGUUCCCCAGUAUGUCACCCAAACAGUCUACAAGACGCAAGUUCAGUACGUGACUCAGUACCAGACCGUAUACAAGACCCAGUACCAAACUCAGUAUGUGACCAAGACCCAAUAUGUACCACAGUACAUCACAAAGACCCAAUACCAGACUCAAUACGUUACCCAGACUCACUACCAGACUGUGUACAAGACUGAAUACAAACCCCAGUACGUUACAAAGACUCAGGUAGAGUACCACACCCAGUACCAAACCCAAGUGGUCCCCGAGUACCACACGGUCACCAAGACCCAGCACACAUACAAGACCGUGUGCCCCAAGCCUUCCUACGGUUACUGAAGACCCAGCACACCUACAAGACCAUCUUCUCAAAGCCUACCUGCAGCUCCUAAA